UAACUUAAUCUUACGACGGAGUACCUAGGCUGCUACUGGAUUUUUAAAUUUUGGUUUAACUUUUGAAUGGGGUUUGAAAUUUAUUUAUAUGAAUAUUAUAGUAACAGCCGUUUUCCCUCUUUCCUUCAGUAUUCUGUAGGGGGUUAGUUCCGUCAGUGCACCUCAUUCAGAGCAAUGUAUGCAUUAGGCACUUAGUAGGUUCUUUGCAACUUCCCUUCAGCCCCUAGUUGCAACUAGUUUCAUUCCUUUUACUGUACUUUCCUUCAUAUUCUCUUUCUUCCAUCCCUCUCCUAACAAUUGUUUCAUAGUGCAACUGCAAAGUUUUCCUCCUGGGGUAGUUUGCAUAUCAGCGGUACCUACGCAAUUACAGCUCCUAGUAUCUACCUAAGUACCCAGUUGAUCUUAACCCUGAGGCUAGCGCGCACAGUGAAACAAUAGGGUAAACAACUGACUGGACUAACCAAGCCACUGACUACCGCGUUUAAGGCCACCCUCCGAAAAAGUACUUUUAACACACCCUGACACCGGAGAUGGUCAUCAGUCAUGAGUUGUUGGUGGCGAGAGGAGGAGCUUGAGACCUUUACUCUUCUUUCAAAAUGUGCUAAUGUUAACUUUGCUAGAAGAAAUACCUGUAACAGAUGUGGCAAAGAACGUGCAAAUUCUGGAGCAGCAGCAGCUGCUGGUGCAGCAGCAGCUGAAAAGAAAAGGCAGCUGGGCAUGGAAAUUGGGAAAGCAGCUGCUGAAAAGUCUCAUGGUUUAUUUAGUGCAGAUGACUGGCAGUGCAGCAAAUGUGGAAAUGUUAACUGGGCACGACGGCAGACAUGCAAUAUGUGCAAUGCUCCAAAAUUUGGUGAUUUAGAAGAAAGGACAGGGUACGGGGGUGGAUUUAAUGAACGUGAGGGUGUUGAAUAUAUCCAUCGAGAUGAGUCUGAUGAUGAAUUUGAUGAGUUUGGCCGAAAGAAGAAAAAGUUCAGAAACAAAAGGCAGUCUGUUAGUGAAGACAAGAAUGACUCCGUGCGAAAGACUCCUGUAACACAAGAUGACGAUGAUGAGGACGAAGACGAUGAUGAGGAUGAUGGAGAUCUUUCAAAGUAUGACAUAUGGGGAGAUGCUGUUGAUGAAAAUGAUGAUUCUAAAAAUGACAAGAAGAAAAAUGGCCAAAGUAAUGAAUCCCCAAACAAAAGUCGCUCAGAUUCAAGGUCUCGUUCUAGUUCGUAUCACCGCUCAAGGUCGAAGUCUAGAUCUAGAUCUUAUUCAAGAGGAAGACAAAAUUCUCGGUCAUACUCUAGAUCCAACUCAGAAUCAUCUAGGUCAUCACGCUCAAGAUCCAGAUCCUCUAGGUCUUCCUCAAGAUCAAGGUCACAACGAAGAAGAAGCAGGUCUUGGUCUCGUUCCCGUAACUCGAGGAGACGGAGAUCUAGGUCAAGGUCACGUGAUCGUUCAGGCACCAAGAGAAGGCGUGGAUCCCGGCGCUCCUACUCCCGUUCCCGCUCCAGGUCGAGGUCAUACUCAAGAGAUCACAAGUAUUCAAGAAAAUAAUUCGGCCAGUAGUCUAGAUGGGAGCUAAGAAGCUGCUUUCCCAUGCUCAUGCCAGGCCAAAGCUCCCACCCCUCUUUGCUUUUGUGGAGUGCACACUAGAAGUAAGGUUAUUAUAUAAGAAACAACUUGGUUAACUUCAGUUAUAUGAGUUUAUUCUUACAUAUGUAUUCACUGUGAUGCAGAUAUUGUAGAAAUUUCUUAAUGAUAGUUCACAUUGAAAAGUCUGAUACUCCUGGGAAAUAUCUCAUGACUAAGGGUGAAGGAAUGAGUCACAGAGGUAUUAAUUUUUAUUUGCAGUUUUCCUUGCCCUGCUUAUAUUACGUUAUCUUUUGCAGUCUUGUUCCUUUUUAUGGAAGCACGCUUUAUCAUGAGUAUAAUCGAGAGCUGAAGGGACAUGGAAAGAGUACAGUUUUUAAUUAGCUUGCUUUAGCAUGAUCAGUUAUCUCUACUCAGUUGCUAAUACAUACAGUACUAUAUUCUGAACAUAGACCACCCACUGUAGCAUGUUUUUUAAGAACAUAGGUGGAAGACGUCUAUUAAUAACUGUCUCAUGGUAUAUAUUUCAGUGUUUUUAUGGCACUAGAUGUUUUAGUUGGCAGAUUUUAUAUUGCCAGUUAGUUGGAAUAUAGUAAUUUUGAGAGCCAUACCAUAGUGAAAUUGUUAGUUCUGAAGCUUUUGAAACAACAUUCUUACCUUACCCUCAGUCUUGACAUCUAAAGACAACCAAUUGGUAAAGCUUUUAUUAUUUUCCAUGAUAGAAAACCAGUUACCUUCAUACCUUUUUACCUUUCUAAUGUUGGAUGGCAUGUGGUUAGUAGUUAAUCAAACAAUUUUUAAGAUCAGUAUAUUUAUCCCUAAACACAAUACAUCUUUCUGAAGUUUUAAUUUUGUUUUUUUAUGGGCUAGGUGUCUUGUAGUAAGUGUAACAAGUGUCCAUACAUAAGCUAAGUAAAGUCACAGUGUAAGUUAUUUUUAUGCAUAUUACUGUGGCUGGUUCCAUAAAUCUUGGAGUAAUGUUGAAAAUACCUUGGUACAUGCUCUUUGUUUUAAUUCAACAGUUUUUGUUUGUUAAGGCAGGUUAAAAGUUAUUUCUUAACAGUCACAAUUUAGGUGGUCAUGCAUAUGGGUAAUCAAUUUUGGUAAACCUUAAAAUUUGCAUGUUCAUUUAAAACAAUUUCCAAUUCAUUGAAACAAAGAAGUUUAUUUUUUUUAUGCAGAUCAUUGGUUUUCUUAUUAUGUUGAGUAUCCGUGCUUUAUUUACUUAGAAUUUAUGAGCAUAAAAAUUUAAGUUUAUAACAGACAAUAUAAACUAAAUUUAGUUGUAAAUCACAAGCAGCUUUAGAAUUAAUGUUACAUAUUCAUGAUUUCUCUAGGUUUAGUCUGGUUCUAAAAUAAAGUCGUAUUUCACCUAAGCAAUUUGAUCAUCAUAAGGCACUCAUGCUAUGGUUCAUGUUGGUUAUGAGUGUUUGUUAUGCUUCUAAGCAAUUUUUUAUUUAAUAACUUUUAAAUUACUGUUGACAUAUUGACCACAAUUGUUGAUUUCUUACAGAUUUUCUUGAAGACAACUAAAUUUUGCAGGUUUGGUAGAAAAUUGCAAAGGCUCUCAACAAUGUUGUCAAAUCUUACUAUGCCGGAAUAAGCCAUGUACUAAUUAACUUCCUUUCCAAAUUCUGUAUUUCAUAGUCUUAUGAAAUAUUUUAUUUAUCAACAAUAGUGAGUUCUUUGAAAGGAUAUAAAACUUGCUAUUAGAGGGAAUUUGGUCAUAUUAAAAAAAAAAUAUUCAAGAAAUGACACAUUUGCAGAUAUGUGAUUAUUAAAUUUUAUUUUGAUGAACUUAAAAUAAUGUGAAAAAUACUUUGGCACAUUAUUUUUUUUCAUGAAGACAAUUAUAUACAACGAUAGGUAAUAAAUAAGCUGUUCAUCGUAAGUACUAAGUUGCAGCCAACAAAAUACUUUUAAGGGGUUUGUAACCUAAACACAAAUGUGUCUCUAGAGAAACUAAUAGAAGUUGCAGCAUGUUUUUUUGUGAAAUUACAGUUUAUAGAUACUUGAAUUGUAUUUGUGUAAACCUGUAGAAUAUGGAUGCAUAAUAUAUCACUGUCAUCUUUAUUUUAAUUUAAAUGAAAAUUCUCUUUUCUCAUAAGUACUAUGAUGCUGAUCAGGUUUGUUAUAGUCAAUACAGUAUUAUAUUUCAACUCUCUAUUCUUUAUACUAUUAAUGGGGCCCUUCAUCAUAUCUACAUAUCAUACUGUAUCUUGUAACUGUGUUCUCUAUCUAUUUUAUAUGCAUCUGUUUUUACAAAAAGAGAGAGACUGGAGUAAUACCUGAAGAUUAGGCUUAAAACCUUUUUAUAUUAAAGAGGUAUUUGAUGAUUUGCACAAAUGAUACAUUAACUACUUUUAGGUAGAGUUGGGGUGAUACUUUUUGAAUACCCACAUUGGCCAGAUCAAUUUACUAAUCUUAUAAUCUUAUCAUAAGGUAGGGUUAUCAUAUCCACUAUUUUCAUUCUUUGGUGUUAUAAUAUCCAUGCCAAAUUUCUUUUUCUUUUUGCCAUUAUAGAUAUUUUAUAUUCUUAUACCUGUUUAACACGACAGAGAAAAUUGAGAAAUAAUUUUAUUAGUGUCUUAAUGUGUCUAAACAAUGACUUGCCAUAAAAUCAAAUGCUAAAUAUUGUAGGCUAUUGCUGUCAAAAUUUAGAUUUUAAUUGCCUGAUGGCUGUAUUUAGAGAUCUGAAUGAAGUCAGGCAUUUGGAACAGUAUUAUUGGUUAUUUAUUUUCAAUAUAUAAGCAAAGUAUUUCAAGUAAUUAUUUAAAUGCAAACUAGGGAGCAUUGUUUUUAGUGUACUUUAUAUUUGUUUGCAGGAAAUACUAAUAGUGUUGUGGUGUGGCAAUGUAAUUGGUUUUUGUUAGAAUUUAAUGCUCUUCCAUUUUUGUUUAGUUGUAUUAACUUACCCUUGCUGAAAUUUUACGUCAGUGCAAAUGAUACCCUAGUACUGUUCUUUACAAUGUACUUUUACGUUACCAUUUUGUUUAGGAGACUUGAUUAGUGAUGAUAUAUUUAGUUAUAAUUUGUAUAUAUUGGGAAAAUAUUUCUUUACACAACCUCCAAAAAUUUAAAUGCAGGUAGGUUUUUGGUUUAGGAUGUAUUCUUACUCAAUGUUAGCUAAUGAUUUCAGUUUGAAGUAUGAGGUUGUCAGUAUUAAUAACCUGAAAUGUGAAUGAUAGGUUAGAAAAGCAUUAGGAAGGUAAAAUUUGCUAUAACUUGCUUUGAAUUGGCUGUCUAAAACUUGCUAGGUAAAUAUCCUGUCAAUUUGAAAAUAAAAUUACUCUUGUCUCUCUCUUUUUACGAACUAAUUAAUUUAUAACAUUUUGUUUUCUAGCAGUUAGGUCUUUUUAUAUUCAUAUUUAGUUAUAUCAUCAGGUUAACCCUAAAUAUUACUUUUCAUGCAAAUUAGCAAAAUUAAGUGUAAUGCACUUGUCAUCCCAGGAGUCCUUUGGCAUUUGUGUACAGUUUUGAAUGCAGCUUUUGUGUUGAAGUAAAUUUUGAAGUUGAA